AGACCGGUACAGCGCGAGCCGCCAGACGCGCGCGAGCCUCUUGACCUUCUUCACACCGCGCACCCGCUCCAGCUGAGGCUCAGUAUGGUGAAGCAGAGCAGGACUCCUGUCACAUACGCCAGAAUGAAGGGGAUCAUCUCGUACUUUGCUGCUCUAAUCAGAGAGAGAAAACAUGGAUCGACUGACCUGCUACAGAAACUUGGGGCCAAAAUUCCAGUUUAUCAACACAGUACGGAUUCAGAGUGCUUUCUGAGACCAGAAGCCAGUCUUUCUGAUGAGUCUGCAGCAGCUGCACAGUUCUUCAACAGUACCGCACACGAGCUGCAAAGGCCUCAGGUUUCAGCAGCAGAUUUUGACUACUUGAAGGUGAUUGGGACAGGCAGUUUUGGCGAGGUGCUUUUAGCAAAAUAUAAGGAGAACAAUAAAUACUAUGCAGUCAAAGUCUUACAAAAGCACAUCAUCCUGAAGAAAGAAGCAGAAGGAAACAUCAUGUGUGAGCGUAAUGUGCUAGUGAAAACUCUGAAUCAUCCGUUCCUAGUGAGAUUUCACUUCAGCUUUCAGACCAAAGAGAGGCUCUGUCUAGUGUUGGAUUAUGCAAGUGGUGGAGAGCUUUUUUAUCACCUGCAAAAAGAGCGUGUUUUCAAGGAGUCCAGAGCCAGAUUCUAUGCUGCAGAACUGGCCAGUGCACUAGGAUAUUUACAUUCCCUGCACAUUAUCUACAGGGACCUGAAGCCGGAGAACAUCUUGUUCGACUCUGAAGGCCAUGUGGUCCUAACAGACUUUGGCUUGUGUAAAGAAGGCAUAGUGGAACGCGCAACCACCAAAACCUUUUGUGGAACUCCUGAAUACCUGGCGCCCGAGGUUCUCCAGCAGCAUGAGUACGACCGUACCGUGGACUGGUGGGGGCUUGGAGCAGUUUUGCAUGAAAUGCUUUAUGGUCUGCCACCGUUUUACAGUGCGGACCGAAUAAAGAUGCUAGGCAAUAUAAUUUAUCAACCACUGGUCCUUAAGUCUGGAGUGUCCAAAGCUGGAAGAGAUUUUCUUAAAAGUCUGCUUAAUAAAGACAGAUCUAAAAGACUAGGAGCUAAACAUGACGUGGAUGAGCUGAAGCAGCACUCAUUUUUUUCCUCUAUCCGGUGGGAUGACCUCGUGGCCAAGAAAAUUCCACCCCCAUUCGUUCCCGCACUGUCUGGCCCUGAUGACCUGACGAAUAUUAACCCUGCAUUUACAAGACUUCCUGUCCCAGAGUCUCUGGGUGUGUGUGAGGAUGCUGAAAUGACUUUCCCAGGCUUUAGCUAUGUAAGUGAAAACAUCUCACCAAUGUCGACAAUGAUUUCCAGAUAAUCAGAUACUAAAAUAUUUGAUUGACAGUGCUAAAAUCAACACCACUAUGACUAUGCUACUGGAAGAUCCUAUCCAGGAUUAUACCUCUAAGAGUGUAUAAGGAUGUUUACCUAAAAGUUCAAAUGCAAAGUUUCUUCUUAUUUUCAUUUAUUUAUUACUUCCUGGAUGCCAUUUGGACCACUGCAUUGCUAUUGCAAUGUUUUCUGCAAUGUUUCGUGAAAAGUCGUGAAAUCGAUGUAUUAACUGUUUUCAUUUUAUUAAAUUUUUUCAAUAUUUGUUUAUUUCAUCUAGCAUUACUUUUAGAUGAUGGUGUCAAGUAAUGUAUAUACAUUACAUUACUUUAAACCAAAUUUACUUCAUGGAUUUGUACAUAAAUUCUGCAAUUAAUUUGUUGCAUCAUUUAAUUAAUUUAUUUAUUUUAUUUGUUAUUUGUGAUAUUCUCAUAUUGUGCACAUGGCAACUAUAACAAUUCCUAAAUCGGUACUUUUACUAAAGUAUGUAAAACUGGAAGAUAAAAAAAAAUCAAUGUUCCAGGCUGUUAUUAAAGAUUUUUUUUAAAUUACCUUCCUUUGAUCUC